AUGGAUGCGUGCAAACUCCAGCUGCUGAUGGCGGCGGUGUGGCUGGUGGUUGUCCUGGGCCUCGUGCAAGCUGUGCUGGCCCAGCCACCGGAGCAGCUUCAGAAUAAUGGAUCGAUUGACUCACCCCUCUGCUCCCUUGCUCGACGCUCGCUCCUCACCCAGGAGGAAUUUGAGAGCCUGCACGAGGAGAGGGAGCCUGUUAUCAUAGCGGUGCCCCUUGAACUCAACGCGGCGUUCCGUUCUCUCACCACCAAGGAAAGGCUGGUGAAGGACUAUGGCGAGAAGAGCCUGGUCCUGUCCACCGCCAACACCAACAGCUACGCCAAAAGAAGAAUGACUCUUAAGCAGUACACCGCCCAGAUUGUCGACCGCCCGACCACACUUAGCGACAGAGGCGAUUCCACCUUCUAUCACUUCGGUGACAACGACCACACUUCGUUCCAAGCUCUGUUCGCCACCUACGUGCUGCCUCCUUGGCACGCUACCAACACGACAGCACCGCAUCCGUCACUGAGCUUUGGUUUUGCCGGACACGGCAGCGGUGUUCCCUUGCACACGCACGGGGCUGUCUUCGCCGAAGUUCUGCAUGGCCGAAAGGUAGUUCCCUUCUCCGUGCUUUGCCUGCUCACCCUCGUCUCAUUCUGCAAUUUGGCCCCCACGAAGAGAUGGUUCUUGUAUCCGCCCUCGUACACGCCACUAUUUGAUCCCAACGAGACGACGCUCAGCACACUCAACAUCGGGGAGUUUGUUGUAUUCAUGUCAACAUUCCUCUAG